AGGUUUAGGUUUCGUAGUGUCUCCUCCAUCACUCCCAUCUGGGAUUAGAGGUAGGGUUUUACAAAUUCUCAAUCUCAUCGUUUUUGCGUACCAAAACAUAGAUUGGUAUUUGAAUGGAAGAACAGUCGGUGAACGGCGUGAUGUCAAGGUCAAGUAGCCCCAAAACGACGCAAGAGCUAGCCAUGGAAGGCCAGAAGUACCUCGAAGAAACCAUUGAGUACGCUUUUCAGAUUCUCUCUUCGAUGAACGACGAGCUCUGCAACCCCGUCUUGUGGUCCACCUCUCCCUCCGCUACUUCACCCUCUCCCAAUGCCCCAUCCUCAAACGGCGUCGUUAACGGGGAUGCCACCUCCGACACCUCCAACCACCACGCCGAAAGCGGCGCUGCCAGUGGCGGUGCUGGUGGCGCUCUGGAAGACGCUCGCUUUCGGUAUAAGAACGCCGUAGCUGCGCUUCGGACUAUUCUCACUGCCAUUCCUAACUCUCCGAAGGCAAAAGCGUUUGACACUGGUUCAGCAGCUAGCCCUGCAGAUGAAGCUGAAAUUGAGAAGUUGGAAGAGCAAGCCUCUUCUCUAAGAAGGGAACUUGCAGGCAAGAACUUGCACUUGAAGAUACUCAUAAAUCAAUUGCGUGAUCUUAUCACUGAUAUUUCUACAUGGCAAAGUCCUUUAUCAACCUGAAGUGUAUGGUUGAGUGCUUAAAUUUGUAAAGUGGUACUUAAAAAUGGAAACCUGAUCCAGGGUACAGUAAAUGGUAAUAAUGCUUCUUGAUAUUUUACAACUGGAAGUUGCAUCAUUUGAUCUCAACAUGUUCUUAUUCUGAAACUAUGGCUUCUGAGAUGCCCAAGAGCCUCCUCACAUGAGCAAAUCACCCGCAUGUGCCCAAGCUUCGCGGUCAGUUUCUUCACUAGAUGAGGAUGAGGAAAACUCAGAGAGAUUGUCUGAAACUGUUUGUUCAAUGGGCUUGUAUUUUGUAGAUUUUUUCUCGUUAGUUUUAUAAAAUAGCAAUCUGCUGCCAAUCUUUGACAAUUUGAUUGAAUACUUCAUUUGAUUGUUGUCAGAAAUUGUAAACAGUUUUGUCUUGAAGUUAGAGAAUACACUGCAUUUUAUGUUUCCGAUCUCUUCAUUUGGAUUUGAAAAAUAUUUGGAGAAGGAACUGGAAGGUAGUUACAUAGUUUAAUGUGAAAAGUAUCUUCCACUUCUUUAUUUUGGGGUUAAAGAUUGAAGGAUAAGGAAAUAGAGCAGUAUCUCGUACAAGAUUUUCUUUCAAAAGUUUGUAUGCCAAAUGGAUUCUC